CGGUGUUCCUGUAGCUUACAGCUAGAACACAAGAAGGUACACAUGUGAUGGACUGAGCAGACACCAUGGCAGCCGGCAGACUGAGUUUCAGAGACAUUGUGGCUCUGGCCCCGAUGGUCCGGGUGGGGACUCUGCCCAUGAGGCUUCUGGCUCUGGACUACGGCGCUGAUGUGGUUUACUGUGAGGAGCUGAUUGACAUCAAGAUGGCCCAGUGUCAGCGAGUGGUGAACGAGGUGCUGGAAACCGUAGAUUUCGUAGCUCCAGAUGAUCGUGUGAUGUUCAGAACAUGCGAGAGGGAGAAGGACAAAGUGGUCUUCCAGAUGGGAACUGCCGACCCUGACAGAGCGCUGACAGUGGCCCAUCUUGUGGAGAAGGAUGUAGCAGCCAUUGAUGUAAACAUGGGCUGUCCAAAAGAGUACUCCACCAAGGGAGGGAUGGGAGCUGCUCUGCUAUCAGAUCCAGGCAAGAUUGAAUCUAUCCUGAAGAAGCUUGUGACGGGAGUUUCUCUACCAGUGACAUGUAAAAUUCGAAUUCUGCCUUCGUUUUAUGAAGGAGGAAUUGGAGGUUCUUUGGAUCUGGUCAGAACGUACAGCGACAUCGAAACCUUCAGAAAGACAACCGGAGCCUCCUCGGUCAUGGUGGCCCGUGCUGCCAUGUGGAAUGCAUCAGUGUUCAGCAGCGACGGACCGCUGCUUGUGGAGAAGGUCAUGGAGGAUUACUUAAAAUAUGCUUUUCGAUACGAUAACCACGCCUUUAACACGAAGUACUGCCUGUGUCAGAUGCUGAGAGACAAGGUGGAAUCUCCACUGGGAAAGCAGGUGCAGGCGGCUCAGACAAACGCUGACAUCAGUGAGGCGUACGGGCUGCAGGAGUUUUACCAGCAGACUCAGGACAAGCUGCAGGCCAGGAGAGACACCAUGCAAAGAAGCAGUCAGCCCAACAGACCUGUAAUGGAUGGAGACGUCGUCAUCAUGGCUGUCAAGUUUGAACGGAGGGAUUAUCCACCUCAAGUCACACCAAAAAUGUUCCUACUAGAGUGGAGUCGCAAAGAGAAACUGGAGCAGCCGCAUUAUGAAACUGUGCAGCGGUCUCAAGAUCGAGCUUUUCAGUCCACGGUGACCGUAGCGAAGAAGAAAUACAGAUCGUCUCUGUGGGAGAAGUCCAAAAAGUUUGCAGAGCAAGCGUCUGCCAUUGUCUGCCUGCGAGUUUUAGGAAUCCCAGAGGGUCGCAUCGGUGAGGCAGACUCCGGUCUGGUGUGCAAGAGGAAGAGGGAGGGCGCGCCUUCAGGCAGGAGCAAGAAGCUGCAUGUCGCCGACGUCCUGCAGGAAGUGGGAAGCUCAGAACCGGCUGUAGGGACAAACGGUGAAAAUCAAAACUACGCCACGCCUCAGAUGAAGACGCUCUGAUUAGUUUGGGACAGAACUUUCACUGGGAAAGAUACUGGUCGUAUUGGAAACGGUGUUUUGGACCCGCGUCGUGUCCUGCCUGUGCAUCUUCCAAACAGCAGCUGCUGAACUCUGGAGCCGAUGCGUCUUUUUCUGUCAGCUCAGCCAGACGGCGAGAAGAACAAAGUUUUUGUUGGAAGCAGUUUCAGGUUCUGACCCGUCCGUCGUUUCACAAAACCAUAACCGCGUGGAUACAAAGAGCAUUAUUUUGAUCUGCGUACAUGUUUCUGUGCAAAAGUUCUGACCCAGUCUUCAUUUCUUCAUGUUUUUCUUGCAAGCAGCCAGACUUUCUGUACUCUCUCAACGUGGGCAACACUUCUCCCUUUCUGAUUUUUAUUCUAUUUAUUUUUUGGCUUAUAGUUUCUGCAGGGUCUUAAGAAUUCAUAAGUCGAUUGUAAUCCUUAUAAACACAAAUAAGUCCAGAUUAUUUUAAUUUUAGGUCACAAAAUGAAAGUACAGUAGUUUUUUCUUGCAACUGUUCAUUGCUUUUUUCAAAAACUAGUUUUUGUUCUAUGAGAGAUCAUUCCCUCUGUAGUUCUGUCUGAAGAUGCUGAAAUAACUUUGAGACACGCGUUUGUCCGCCCUGCUCCUGAAA